AUGUCUGUCAGUAGUGGCGACGAUACCAGCGUGGAGAAGGAUGUCAGUUGGGAGGGUGAAGAAAUUGGCCGUCGAGAGAAACUGAGCUUCGAGCAGUAUCUGUCAACCUUCGUCCAAGACAUUGAGCCGCGGCAAAGUUUUGCUUCGAAUGUAUGCCAAGCAGUCAGAUCUGGAAGGCCGCUGUCCUUGAUUACCGAUCGCAUAUCGCCGUUCGACAAGCCGAAUGCCUGGGUCAACAAGAAGAUAGAGGACGCGUCUCCGGCCAUCCGCAAGAUCAAGGAAGAAGGUCGAGCGCGCGCGUUGGCGAGGGCUGAGAGCAGGCAGGAAGAAGUGCAUCGCAGGGUGGACGAGGCAGCCGGAAGGAUCUUGAUUGCGCUGGACAAGGGGCACUCGCCUGUGUCUGUGGACGACAUGGCGUAUAUGCGAAUGCAGCCACGUGCAUUCGGGUUCGUCCGAUACGUUGUGAAGGACGAAGCAAAGUGGGCGAGACGAGGAGACUCAGCAUUGGAAGCUGUGGUCGAUCUCGGACUUACCCUAUACUUGGAUACAAUAUGGCAUUUACUCCAUGUUUGGUGGGCUUUUAUGAGAUUUGGUAACUGGGGCGCGCUUGAUCGCUGUCAUCUGCCGGCAGGAAAGAUUGCAGAGGCAGCCUUUAUGGUAGUAGAGGAGGCAGAGCCUAAGCGCAUUGGCUCGUUAAAGAGGCAACAAAAGCAGCACUCGUACGUGGUCAGUCUUGAGGCCAUCGACGAUGUAGCCGGUCGGGAAUCAAAGACGAUGCCUCGAGAUGCGCCUUGCGGAUAUUCGUGCUGCAUGCAAUCCCAUGCCAUGCCAUGCCAUGCCAUGCCAUGCUAUGCUGGUGCAGCAGCCAGGAGGGAGGGCAUUGGCGUUCUCAUGGGCCGGGCUGGGGCUGUGCCGCUGCCGGUCCCAGGGCAAGGGCGCGGCGGGCGCAGGCUGAGGUUACGGCCAGGCCUAAACGGGACUGGCUCCAUUUCCAUACACAGCGCCUCAGGCCGCCUUCAAGAUGCGAUAAAUUACCUCUUUUCCGAGAGCUCCCCUUCUGAACCCGUCAAAAUUCAGUCUCACGACAUCAACAACAUUUACUCCACUCAAUCUUCCUCUCCCCGUUCAGCUCACCUUUUGGUCGACCUGAACUUUAGCCCUGCUCUGAAUAGCAUCAGCUCCAGUUCCCUUACAACCGCAAACAUUUCAUCCCAAGACUUCCCAGUCUUCACCACGGAUUCCCAACCACCAUGGCUUCCCCAAUCAGCUUCCGCCCUGCCGGCACCACCCGAGCAUACACCACAUCUGAGCCCAGCACAGAGCCCCCAGCAGGACUUCGUCUUGUUCGACAAUCCUCCGCCUCGCAACGCUAAUCGGUCUUCGGUUUCGCUGUCCAGUCAGCGUCGUCACUCAUCCUACAAUAAUCGUUUAGAGAAGUCUCCCGCUACCGGACUUCAAAAUCCGCGUGUCGUACAGCUCCUCCAAUCGUUUGGAAAUCCUUCAUAUCCUGUCAACGCCAAUCGUGUCUCCAACAACAAUCAGUUUUACGCCUCCUCGGCCCCGUCCUCAACUGUUUCCCUGAAGCAACGGUCUUCAAGCGCCCGUCCCCCCGUUCCCCUCUUCAACCAGAACGUCGGUGACGUAGAGCAACCCGGCACGAUGAUGAACGCUGCAGAUGUCGUCCUGGACGACCUUCCCAUCUUCGAUGGCGAAGUCGUCAACUCUGCAUUCUCUUCGCCCGCGAUCCCCUCGUCCUUUGAUUUCAGUGGCAGCAUCUCUAGCUCCACCUCAAACUUGGGAACUGUCUCGCCCCAUGACCUCUUGGUCCAGGAGCCUUUCAUGUCUGCCCCCAACUCGGCUGCCCUUACUGCAUUGACCUCGCCGUCAAUAUACAAUGAGUCCCCCGACUUUGAUGGCUACGACGUCUCUCCCAACUUUGAGACUGCCGACUUUGGUAACCCAAGCGACUCUUGGUACCCCCUGUUCCCUCAGGAGUCUAGCGCUCCCGAGGCGGGCAACCCUGAGGACUCCCCCAACCAGGCAUCCGAUUCUGAUUCUGCUGGCCAGGCUUCUGGCAACAGCAGACGCAAGCCUAGCGGCUCGCCCACAAGCGGUGGCCGCCAUGCUGCGGCUGCUGGCGUCAACGCGCGCAAGCGUGACAAGCCUCUGCCUCCCAUCGUUGUCGAUGACCCGAAUGACGUUGUCGCCAUGAAGCGAGCUCGCAAUACCCUCGCUGCUCGAAAGUCGCGUGAGCGCAAGGCUCUGCGCUUCGACGAGCUCGAGGAUAAGAUUGCGAAGCUCGAAGCUGAGCGCGACCACUGGAAGAAGAUUGCUCUGUCUCAAUCUGGUGCCCGAUAA